AACCGGAAGUGACUACACAUUUCGUCGGAAGUAGCGACUCAGGCGACCCAAACACUGCUCCGACGUUGCUGAUUGGAUUCGGAUUGUUUUAGGCAGAAACCGGUUUAUUUUUUGGAGUUUGUUUGGCGUUUUACAGCUGCAGAAGAACACAUCCCAGCCCAUCCGCCGGAGCCACACGGCAUGUCCUCCUCUUCCCGGCUGAUUUGAUGGCGCUGUGGAGGAUGAUGAUGCCGCCCAAGUAUCAGCUCCUGGCACUGCUGGCGUUCGCAGUGGCCAUGGUGUUCUUGGAGAACCAGAUUCAGAAGCUGGAGGAGUCGAGAGGAAAGCUGGAGCGUGCUAUAGCCAGACAUGAGGUGCGUGAGGUUGAUGAACGACACGUUCAGGAAGGAGUGAGAGCAGCACCGGGGGGUGAAGAGGAUGACAUUGUGGUCAUCUAUAACAGAGUCCCCAAAACAGCCAGCACAUCCUUCACUAACAUUGCCUACGAUCUGUGCAGCCGGAACCACUACCACGUCCUGCACAUCAACACCACCAAGAACAACCCCGUCAUGUCCCUGCAGGACCAGGUGCGGUUUGUUAAGAAUGUGACGUCGUGGAAGGAGAUGAAGCCAGCUUUCUACCACGGCCAUGUUUCAUUUCUGGACUUUACAAAAUUUGGUGUUGCGAAGAAGCCCAUUUACAUCAAUAUAAUCAGAGAUCCGAUUGAGCGCCUGGUGUCCUACUACUACUUUCUGCGCUUCGGAGACGACUACAGACCCGGCCUGAGACGCAGGAAACAAGGGGACAAGAAGACAUUUGAUGAGUGUGUAGCUGCAGGAGGAUCAGACUGUGCUCCUGAGAAGCUUUGGCUUCAGAUUCCCUUCUUCUGUGGUCAUUACUCAGAGUGCUGGAACAUUGGGAGCCACUGGGCUCUGGAACAGGCUAAGUAUAACCUGGUGAACGAGUACAUGCUGGUGGGCGUGACGGAGGAGCUGGAGGACUUUGUGAUGAUGCUGGAAGCAACACUGCCACGCUUCUUCAAAGGGGCCACAGAGCUCUAUAGAACAGGUAAAAAAUCCCACCUGAGGAAAACCAGCGAGAAGAAGCCUCCCACUAAAGAGUCCAUAGCCAGACUGCAGCAGUCGGCCAUCUGGAAGAUGGAGAAUGAGUUCUACGAGUUUGCUCUGGAGCAGUUCCAGUUCGCUCGUGCCCACGCAGUGCGGGAAAAGGACGGAGAGCUUUACCUGCUGGCACAGAACUUCUUCUACGAGAAAAUCUAUCCCAAAACUACGUGAGAUGUUUGAGCUGUACUCUAGUGCCACAUACUGUCGUCAUAUUCACCACAGAGGGAGAAAUCAGCCCGGCGUGGCUGAACACCUCCCUACCUGGACCCUGUGCUUCUCUGGUCACCUGGGAGUGCAGGUGUGCGUGAGGGGCAGCUGUGUGUAUCAGCGAGGGGUUGAGGUGAAUAGAUUUCUCUAAAGAACUGCCUCAGAUGCAUGUCAAACUGUUCAAAGUGAAGCGGCAGUAAACCAUCAAUACUCAGUAACUUGUUACUAGUUGUGGCUGUACACCACAGCACCUGAAUCCAUUACAGCUGUGGUUCCCCACCCUGGUCCUGGAGGACCUCCUCUCCUGCACAUAGGUGCUGUCCUACAACAUGAAUGAAUAGCAUUCAUUUUACCUCCUUGUUUCUACCCCAUUAUUAGUUUGGGUGUUAUGCAUAAUUUAUUAUCCUCCUUUCACUCUGUUCUUUAAUGAUCAGGACCCCACAGGAGAGAGAGAGAGAGAGACCACCGCCACAGAGCAGCUACUAUUCUCAGCACUGAUUAGCAUUGGCACUGGUGAAGAAAGGUCAACACUUUUUACUUUAUCUACAAGGUGUUUCAGCUGUAGGUGGGAGUGCGUAAUAGAGUGGAGGACAGUGAGUGAAGAACACAGUGUUUAAAACCUCCAGCAGCACUGCUGCAUCUUAACCACGCACUGAACCAGAACACCUCAAACACCACCACCAUGCUAAUCAGUGUUAUCUCAAUGCUAAGAGUGACCCACCACCCAAAUAAUAAUAGCUGCUCUUUGGAGGUCUAUUCUGUGGUGUCCUGACAAAUUAAAGUACAGGUAGAAAGGGUGACCAGGAUAGUGUAUAUAAUUAUACCUACUGUAUCCUUCACUGAAGAACUGGAUAUAGGUUGUAGAAAAAAGGAGGAGGUCAUAAUGUUACGAUCGGUUUAUACCAGGUUAUAAAAUAUUUCAGUAAAGGUGAUAUUAUUUUUGACAUAUUAUAUGUGACAUAUUUAUAGGUCUGUACAUUGUAUUUUAUUGUUUUCUUGAAUUCUUGGUAAUUUUUUGGUGGCUUUUUUUGUCUCACUCAUUUUGAUAUUGAAAUAACAUCAUAUCGACCAAAUAUUUUGGCCAUAACAUCCAGUAGUGCAUUCUCAUUUACAAGCACUUUCUGGGUUUAGAAUUAUUUAGAAUUAUUUUGGAGCAGCAAAAGUGCCAAAAUGUGCGGGACGGGAGGAUCUCCAGGACCUCCAGGAUUGGAAACUACUGUGCUGUGGGAAUUAUUCACUUAAAAUGUUGCUAAUCAUGAAUAGAAGUAAUGCUAGCUGAUGUGUUUACGCUAAAUAAACUCACUACUUAUA